UUAGGAUGUGGGAGGCCCAUCGGCGUCAAAAAUGCCUACAAAUCGAAGGUAUUCCGGAGGAUGUCUAGCCCGCCCCAUGUUGAAUUGGGGAAUUUUUGGAAUAGCACGCUGGUGGGCACACUUUGUGGUUGAGAUAUCUCAACCUUUAUCUUGCCUGAAGCAUCUGUUCACGUUUUUAAUUUACCUCGUCACCGCUGUGGACUCGCAGGUUUGUUGAAACUGUUACUGAUUUUCUGAAGUAAUUCAACGCGAAGUGACUUGUUAUGAAGAUCGUUGCAUAGGCGUAUAUCGAUGUGAAAAUCACGGCACCGGGGAUGAAGCGAUACUUUUAGCUUUGUUUGGCUAAUAAAUAACCGAAAGAGGAUUUGAUAGUAAUCGGUGUUUUCAUGGUCAAACCGUCUAAGUGAGCAACCGGCCGGGCCCGAUGUCUGGGCAGGGAUGUCACGGUGAACUCUAAAUUUAAUGGAGCCUCUUGAAAGCAGAUUGUCACAGAAAUCUUCCUUAAAGUGCAGGAUAACAAUCAAGAUACGUUAGUGCUAGGAGCUAGACUAUUCGCUGCUGCUGGUUGCAACUCCACAUCUAGAGCCACGGCGCACCAAGAUGGCUUCCUCGUUUUUACGGCGCACGUAUUUGGCUCAGUUUUUCUCGCGAGUGUCGACACCUAGAUAUGCCUUUUGCAUGAAUGGUCUCGGAAAUACACGGAGCACACUGCAUUCACUGCGCAAGGAAAAUGCCAGCCAGAAACUAUUCUUUUGUCACUCUCGUGACCAGCAGGAUGCUUUGUGGAAGGCCUCUGCCAAGCUUUACUGCACCCAAGCAUCACAGGUGUUCGUCACUAUUCCACCGCAGCCACUAACCAGUACAGCGUCACCCGCUGACCCUGGCAAGAAUGACUUCAAAAAGCUGACCAACGUGGAGGUAGACACCGAGAAGAAGCAACUCCUUGUUUCCUGGGAAGGUGGCGCUGAAAGCCAGGCCUUUCCAUUCGUCUGGCUUCGGGACAAUUGUCACUGUCCAGAUUGUUUCCACCCUACUGCUUUGGGCCGCUUACCAAGCGCGCAGAUAGUGGAGGUCGACGUUGUGGCUGACUCCGCUGAAUUAUCUUCCGACGGGACAAAGUUAAUUGUCCAAUGGGACGACAGUCACAAGAGCCAAUUUACUACUGAUUGGCUGAGAUAUUAUCGCUUUGAUAAAUCCCCGGAUGACCAGCUAUUCAAUCCAGAGAUGAUUUUCUUGGGUGCUGACGUCUUCCCAAAGUGCUUUGAUUUUGGUGAGGUGCUAACGGACGACCAAGUCCUAUACGGCUGGCUGAACGAGGUGAUGGCUCGAGGGAUUGCUGUGGUGAAAAAUGCCCCAGCAGAACUCGGGCAGCUGCACAAGCUGGCAGGACGGGUGGCCUAUCUUCGAUCUACUAUUUACGGGGUAACUUGCCAAGUAAAGAGUAAAGAUGAUCCAAACAGCGUUGGCUACACGUCAGGUGCGCUUGCACUGCACACUGAUUACGCUUACUACAUGCAUGAGCCAGGGUUCGUAAUGCUGCACUGCAUCGAGCAUUCCAAGGGGGAAGGUGGCGAAAACCUCAUUUCGGACGGCUUCAAGGUCGCCAUGGAUCUCAAGGAAAUUGACCCGGAAGCAUUCCGUCUCCUAACGACCUACCAGUUUGAAUAUUCUGACAAGGGAACAGACCAUUUUGGACGUUUCUACCUACACGGCAGACACCCUGUUAUCAGGCUUAACGAACGUGGUAACAUCGAGGCCAUUAUCCUCAGCAACCACAGCCGGGACCCCAUGCUCCGAGUUCCCGUUGACCAGGUGCUGCCCAUUUACCGCGCCCUUGAUAAAUACUUCAAGAUGCUCCAGCAACCGGAAAACGUACUCAAGUACAAAAUGCAGAAAGGAGACAUCCUGACGUUCAACAACAAGCGGAUGUUGCACGGUCGCAGUUCCUUCAAGUUGAUUGAGAACGGUAACCGCCAUCUUGAAUUAGGCUAUCUGGAAUGGGAUGAGAUCUAUUCUCGCCUGCGCGCGCUCGCAAUGACGUUUGGAAACCCUACAAACAAGUAAAACAGCUCGCAUAAAGCGGAAAAACUUAUUACCCCAGGACGGGUACUUGUGACCUCCGAAAAAGUUUCAGAGACGAAUACUAAUUUGAACACCAGUUAAAUAUCUGAUUAUUACACCUUGUUUAUUGUUUAUAAAAACAAUUAUCCAACUGAUGAAAAUAAAUUACAAAGUCUUCGAAGUUUAUGAGGAAUUUCAUUUGUUCUCAUUUGAUCGAACAAAAAGUAAAGGUUCAUAUCUUUUUGUUAAAAUUAAAAGUGCCGUUAGGAGACAUAUUUAGAAGCUGAUCUACUUACUCUAUUUGUUGAUAGUGUGUAGUGUUUGAUUGUUGUGGAACUGGACAUAUAAUACUUAGCUCUCAAACACGCCAACAAACGAUACUGUUUAACUAAUCUGGUGCUGGAUUAAUUCAAAAGUAAGUUAAUCCAAGAGCUUGGAAACAGUAAAACUUACGGAAUAUCAGUAACAAACAAGCAUACAAGACAAGAAGAGCAAGAAAAACAAGAACGCGCUUAAUUAAAGACUUUUUUCUAAUGCUAAACACUUUGAUGCUAUUAGUUUGGAAACAUGUUUCAAAAACUAAUGUGUUUAGGAUAUUGAUUAAUAGUGUACAGUGUUUAUACUUUGUUUUAGAAUUGGACAUGUAAAAUUUAAUUAACUCUGAAACAUGAUAAAACUAUAUUAUUUAUCUAUCAGUUGUUCAUUGAUAGAUAUGCUGUUUCACCAUGUACAAUCGCAUGGUGCUGUCGCAAACCUAUUACUUGCCACCCCCAUCACGAAAAAAACAUCAAAUCUCAUCUAGUCUGAAAAGUAACAUCUGAUUCCUUAGUAGAGGUUACAGAUACAUGUAUUAUGUACCUACAUGUAAAUUGCUUGAACGUUUCGACUCACAUAUACAUAGACUAUUAGUACUAAGAAAAAUAUAAAAAUGCAUAUUGGAUUUUUCCUCUGUGGUCUAUGUUUAAGUUAUAGCAAACUUGUCAAAAAGACCCAUCUGUCCUUGAACAAAAUAGCCCUUGGUCUCAAUAAAUUCGAUCGAUAUUAAAACACACUGGUCUAUCAUUGUUGGAAACGACUUGCUUUCUGCUGUACGUUAGAAUUGAGUAGCCUCUCUAACCAGCUAUUUGUACCUGCACCGAUUAAUUUGCUCUAACUUGGCUGGCCAUGGUGAGCUCGUGUAUUUGUGACGAAAAGCAGUAUUGUACCCCUUGUUCCUUGGGCGAAUUUAAUACAUUUAUGACGAAGUUCCUUUCUUGAGCUAAUAAAACACACGUAUACAUGUAGUA